GGUCAAGCUGAAUAAGAGGAAAACCUAGCUUCGGCCGUGGACUAGUCUCGUUCAUACAGAACGAGGAAACCACGUAAAUCUGUGUGUCAAUUUCUAUUCCUGUUUCGAUUAACAUGGUAUCAGAGCCUAUGACCUCUGAUCAGAUUACUGCUCGUCUCAACUCCAAGAACUAUGCCAUAUGGGAGUUUCAGUUUCGAACGUUGAUUGAAGGGAAAGGGCUUCUAGGUUGGCUCGAUGGGACUAUAGAUCGGCCGGCUUCUCCUCCUGCCUCGGCCGAUCAAGUACAAUAGUGGGCCUUGAAUGAUGCUAAGGUUCGUAUGCUUCUCCUCAAUUCUGUUGAUGCCACGAUAAUACAUGGGCUUCGCAUGCUUCCAACUGCUGCUGCAAUGUGGCAAUACUUGGCGGACACAUACAAGACAGCUACUGCCUCUCGACAGUAUGAAAUUGAGGUGGAACUAGCUUCUCUCUAUAAAGGCAUAAUGGAUGUCACGUCUUACUACAAUGCUGCGCGUAACUUGUGGACUGAGCAAGACCUCGUGAUGCUCUCUCUUCUCUCCACUGCUGGUUUGGCGGAAGUUCGCCGCGAAAGAGAGAAGAUUCGGCUGAUGCAAUUCUUGAUGCGGCUGAAUCGGGAGUUCGAACCCAUCCGUGCUUCCUUGCUGAAUAGAGAGAACUUGAAGGCUGAAGGGGUUCGUAGCGCUUUGAUCCAGGAGGAAACGAGGUUGCGAACCCAGGCGGCAAUUGACAUCCGACCCGGCACCGGCGACGGGGCUGCUGUCUUUAGCGCCACGCACAGCUCGCCACCGCAGGCUUCUUCAGGUGGAGGCAGCCAUCAUUCCUCUACGUCGCGGGACCAGGCUAAGCAGCUAGGAGACUCGGCCUAUGCAGCGUAUAAGCCCUCCUUCCAGCGCCGAGUUUCAGCUGCCGAUGUCGAAUGUUUCCAUUUCCAUGAAAAGGGGCAUACGAAAAAGUACUGCAAGAAAAGGAAUUUUUGUCACUACUGUAAAAAGGCUGGACAUAUAAUUUUAGCCUGUCCUGCGUUGGAGGGCCGAUUCCGCGAAGAAGAGGGACGCGGGAAUGGUCGAUCUCGUGAGGAUGAGGGUCGCGGAAAUGGAGCUGCAUCUCGGGGAGGCUCUUCUGCGCCACGUUCUGCAUAUGCUGCGCAGGUUAUUGGUGAUGCUUCUGGCUCUCAAGGCAUGCUGGUGACUCCCGCAGCUCUUGAGCAAAUGGUAAACACGGCCAUUUCUACCGCUUUUGCAAGUCUUCAAGCUUCCGGUAAGAUUCCUCACUGGAUACUUGAUUCUGCGUGUUUCAAUCAUAUGACUGGUGAUAGUUCUACGCUUGAGAAAUUACGACCUUUGAAUGAUCUAUCUUUUCAAGUUGCUAACGGUGAGAAGUUAAGUGUAGCAGGCAUGUGCACAGUUCAUAAUUCUAAUGUUGUCUUACCGUCUACAUAUCAUGUGCCGAAGUUGGUGCCUAGUUUGGUUUCUGUAGGUCAACUUACUGACUAGGGAUAUUGUGUUACUUUUGCGCCUUCUGGCUGUGUUAUUCAGGAUCAGAAGACAGGGAGGGAGAUUGGUAGGGGCAGUAAGACAAGGCACUUUUUUGUUCUUGACCAGUUGCGUCCCCCAUCAUCAUUGUCAUCACCAGCCACCUUCUUUCCUAUAGUGUUCUUGAGUCUUCCCGAUAAAAACUUUCAUUUAUA